AAGAUGAUUCCGUAUAGAGAAAAAUAGAGAAAGAGACAGAGGAGAGGAGAGGUAGAAAUGGUUGUUGAAUUUGAGUUGAUAAAGAUGUUAGCGUCGUCCAUUGCAGUGGUCGGACUGAUAGGAAUUGUGGUGCGUCUAUACAAUGUUUCGGUGAUUAGACCAAGAAGACUCCGAUCCUUGUUAGCCAAGCAGGGCAUCAGCGGACCACCAUCCACUCUUCUUCUGGGAAAUAUUAUGGAGAUCAAGAAAUCUCGAGCUCGAAUCAUCUCCGGCCUCGCUCCUGCCGGCGAAUCCCCUGCGGACCACAACUGCUCCGGUGUUCUCUUUCACUUUAUUGAGCAAUGGAGCAACAAAUACGGUGAUAUAUUUGCUUUUGCUCUCGGUAACACCCAAGUAUUAUGCGUGAACCAACCUGAGAUGGUGAGGGAGAUAACAACUUGUACAUCUUUGGACUUGGGAAAACCUUUAUACCAAUUCAAGGACCGUGGUCCUUUACUUGGUCAGGGAAUUCUAACUUCAAAUGGCACUUUCUGGGCCCAUCAGAGAAAAAUUCUUGCUCCUGAGCUCUACAUGGACAAGGUUAAGGGAAUGAUGAGCUUAAUAACAGAGUCUGCAAUCAAUUUGGUCAAUUCUUGGAAGAGUAUAAUUGAGAAAGGAGGAGGAACCGCAGACAUUAAGAUAGAUAACCAUAUGAGAAGCUUCUCUGGAGAUGUUAUCUCAAGGGCAUGUUUUGGAAGCAAUUUUUCCAAAGGGGAAGAGAUUUUCCACAAACUAAGAUCUCUACAGGAGCUUAUGUCCAAGAAAGGCUUCUCCGUUGGCAUUCCAGGCAUCAGAUAUCUUCCUACAAAGAGCAAUAGAGAAGCCUGGGCUUUAGAAAAAGAGGUGGCCAAUUUGAUAUUGGAAGUGGUGAAGGAGAAACAGGAAGCUGGAUACAAGAAAGACCUCCUCCAAAUGGUUCUUGAGGGUACUAAAAAUAGUGACCUUGACCAAGAAGCAACUGACCGCAUCGUAGUUGACAACUGCAAGAACGUAUACUUGGCUGGCUAUGAAACCACAGCAGUUGCAGCCACAUGGUGCCUCAUGUUGUUGGCUGCAAACCAAAAUUGGCAAGAUCGUGUCCGAGCAGAAGUCCUCCAAGUUUGCAAAGGUUGCAGUACUCCUGAUUAUGAUAUGCUCAAUAAGAUGAAACAGCUAACAAUGGUGAUUCAUGAAUCAUUGCGCCUUUAUCCCCCGGUGACUGUGAUAUCAAGGGAGGUUUUCAAGGACAUGAAGUUCGGAGACAUCGAUGUUCCAAAGGGUGUCAUUGUCUGGACCAUGAUGGUGGCAUUGCACACUGAUCCAAAGGUAUGGGGACCCGACAGCUACAAGUUCAACCCGGAUAGAUUUGCAAAUGGGAUAGCUGGAGCUUGCAAGCUUCCAUAUUUAUACAUGCCAUUUGGGGUUGGACCUCGGGUGUGUCUUGGACAGAACUUGGCCAUGGUUGAGCUCAAGUUACUUUUGGCUCUAAUCGUUUCCAAUUUCUCCUUCUCACUCUCCCCCAAGUAUAUCCAUGCGCCGGUUUUUCGAUUGGUAGUAGAACCAGAACAUGGACUUGAUCUUUUGAUAAGGAAGUUGUGAUUGAACAGAAAGAGAGGUUGCGUAAAUAUAAAAGACAAAUAGAGGUAUCAAACAUGUUGCUUGGAAUAAAAGACAGCAGACUUUUUUUUUUUUUUUUUUUUAUGUCAGAAGAGUAGAGACUGUUUACUCAGUAGGUUCGUCAUUCAACAAAAAUAAAUAAAUAAAUAAAUAAAUAGUGAAUAGGUUGCUCAAGCCAAAAAAAAAUAUAUAUAUAUAUAUAUAUAUAUAUAUGUUCGACGGUUUUCAAUUUCAUAUGAUCAGAUGGAUCAUUGACCCACUGGGUCUAUGCUUACCAAUGUUAUGUUAUACAUAUCUUUAUCUAAUUCUAGCACGUACAAGUUUAAAUGAGGUGAGGUGCAAGAUGUCCCGAUGAAGGAUUUAUUAUUUUAAAUAGGUUGUUUUUUAUUGAAAAAUAAAUAAUUUUAAAUUUUAUUAUCAGUUUAUGAA